ACUACUGGCGGAAGAUGGCAGAUGAAUCUUCCGUUCUAGUCAAAUGAUGCACUCUGUAGGAGUCGCUAAUGUAGGGACAGUUUCGACUAUGAGAAAAGGAAAAAUAGUUGUAGUUACUUAGUUAUUGCGGAGUAUUUGCUAUCCUUUUUAAAUUGCAUUCUUCUUUCCUUUUAUUCGUCGAAUAAUAUAGGAUUUUCAUGUUGUGCAAUUUACAGAUUUUGGGUGAUCUAGACUACCACUGGCAUUUUUGCCAGCGUAAUACAUAUAUUUGCCCAGAGGGUUAUCGUCAACGGCACCCUCUCCUCCGCUGUCAAUUGUUUAGAAAAUGACCGGAGAAAAGAUCCGCUCCCUCCGCAAGGAUCAUAAACCGAGCAAAGAAGAGGAUUUACUGGAACCGGACGAAGAGGCUGCAACUGGGACAUUUACUUCAACUAAGACUAAUAAGGGCAAAGCAAGUAAAAUCUUUAGCAAUCACAAGUUGGUUAAAUCUCCAUCGACACAGCAGCAACAUCAGAAUCAGCAAUCGCAGAUAAAUGCGAACACUAACACAUUGUCAACCGCCGACGUUAUCGAGGAUAACAACAAAAACCCUGUAAUCAGAACCGGCGAAGGAUUUCCAGUCCAUGAAUGUGUAUUCAAAGGGGAUGUCCGGCUCUUAUCCUCGCUCAUUCGAACUCAGAAUAUUGCUCAGAAAGAUCUCCAUGGAAACACACCCCUACACCUCGCUGUCAUGAUGGGUCACAAAGAGUGCGCCCAUCUGCUGCUAGCCCACAAUGCACCAGUAAAGGUGAAGAACGCUCAGGGAUGGAGUCCCCUGGCAGAAGCGAUCAGCUACGGAGAUCGACAGAUGAUCACAGCGCUGUUAAGGAAGCUGAAACAGCAAUCCAGAGAAAGUGUGGCGGACAAGAGGCCAAAGUUACUGAACGCCCUCAAAGAGCUGGGAGACUUUUACUUGGAGCUUCACUGGGACUUUCAAAGCUGGGUGCCUUUGCUUUCCCGGAUCCUGCCCUCUGACGCCUGUAAGAUCUACAAACAGGGGAUCAACAUCAGACUGGACACCACUCUCAUAGACUUCACAGAUAUGAAGUGCCAACGUGGUGACCUCAGCUUCAUCUUCAAUGGUGACGCCAUCCCCUCGGAGUCCUUUGUGGUGCUGGACAAUGAACAGAAGGUGUACCAACGGAUACACCACGAGGAGUCAGAGAUGGAAACAGAGGAAGAGGUGGACAUCCUUAUGAGCAGCGAUGUUUACUCUGCCACUCUCUCCACCAAGUCCAUCACCUUCUCCAGAGCCCAGACCGGCUGGCUGUUCCGAGAGGACAAAACGGAGCGUGUGGGGAAUUUCCUGGCAGAUUUCUACUUCGUGAACGGGCUGGUGCUGGAGUCACGGAAGCGUCGGGAGCACCUGACCGAGGAGGACAUCCUGAGGAACAAGGCCAUCAUGGAGAGCCUGAGCAAAGGAGGGAACCUCAUUGAGCAGAACUACGAGCCUGUGAGGCGACAGUCACUAACUGCACCUUCACCCAACACUAUCUCCUGGGAGGAAUAUAUCAACGCAGAGAACGGAAAAGCGCCUCAUCUAGGAAGAGAGCUGGUAUGCAAGGAGAGCAAGAAGAAUUUCAAAGCGACCGUAGCCAUGAGUCAAGACUUCCCGCUGGGCAUUGAAUCGUUAUUAAACGUUCUGGAGGUGAUCGCACCCUUCAAGCACUUUAAUAAACUCAGAGAGUUUGUUCAAAUGAAACUCCCACCUGGUUUCCCUGUCAAGCUGGAUAUCCCUGUCUUUCCAACCAUUACGGCCACGGUGACUUUUCAAGAGUUCCGCUACGACGAGUUUGAGCAGUCCAUCUUCACCAUUCCCAAUGAGUACAAAGAGGACCCCAGCCGCUUCCCUGACCUUUAACCCCUUCGGCUGGACACUGGAAAGUGGUCACCUAUGAAAAGGCAUUGAUAUUUCAUCAAAUUGUCGUAGGAGAACAAAAAUAAAUUGAAUGUGUGAGAUUUUAAAUGGAAGUGAAAAUAUGUUGUGCAUGUAAUGUUUAUAAAGGGAUUAUGGUUAACUGACCUGUAGUAAAGCACUGAAUUCACUGUAUGGGACGUAUGUGAAGAAUAAUAAAUACUGUUCCACUGUAAACAACAAGUAGCUACUAUCCAGAGCUUUGUUUGGAGUAGCGUCAUUGAACUUUGGGCACUGUUUAGAUGCACUACAGCCAGUCCGUACUGGGCUGAGUUGGCCUGGACAGCAGAGGUGGCGGACCUACUGCACCAGUCGAUACUCAACCCUUUGGAACAUCAUCUGAAACACAUCCACCUGGAAGCAAUGCUAGGAAUUUUAAUUGUACUAGAGCGGAGUUGUCUUCUAUUUGACUGGCAGCAAGCGUGGCAUUAAGUUAUUACAAGCCUUGUUUUCAUAUUUUACCUAAACUAUGUAACAGACUACACUUCAGUUAAUGAAAAUUAACCAGGAGGUGUAAAUUGUUUGAGAUUACAAGUUAUCUGUAGAUGAUUAGGUACGAAAUGAAGUACAAUGUAAAUUAACUUUUUACAGGUGCAGGUAUGAAAAACCAGGCCUUUCCCUGCGCAAGGUGUAAAUACCUCUUUUUAUGAUUGUAUUUUUUUAUUUAUUUUUGUUAAUAUGGGAGUAGAGGUCUUCUAUGACAGGAAGUUUCAUGCAAAGGUUAGUUGAUGUUAUUUCUCCCAUGAGGUCAUUGAUUUGUAUCGUGGUGGCAAUGGAUAUUUUUGUACAUAGAAUAUUGGGCUGGUGAAAGUCUCCAAUUCUUAGUUUUUUUUGUCUUUGUCAGACGGAAGUCAAGUCUUAGUUGACAUCUUCCUUGCAUACCUAUGUGUGAGCCAAGUGUACAAAGCAUCUUAGAUCAUCCUUGAGUUUUGUGUCCAAGGACUGGACUAUUUGGCAGUUAGGAUUUCAGGAGUGUUCAUGUGUUUCAAGAACAGUUUGUCAAGUCCUGUUUGCAAGAAUGUUGCUCUUUAGUUGAGGUCAAAUCCAAUAAGCUCAACUAUGCCUUUCUUCAGGAAUGAAAUGGGACUUCGCUGAAGUGGUGCUCAUGUGGUUCUGUUGGGUGCAACAGGGUUCACUGAGCUGUAGGGUUAUCAAUUCAGCACCAGUAGACAUGGCAGACUGCUUUGUACUCUGACAAAUUUUCUAUUUACAUUGAUCGGUGGCCUAUUGACAUAGCCAGUGUUUAUCAAGCUUCCACGUACUACUGGUUAGUGCUGCAAAUGGAAGUGUGCUUCACUUUGUGUGCUGAAUGUUUUUACUUCUGACUCUGGCUUUAGCAGCCAGGCCCUAAUGUACACAUGCAUUUUCAUGUCAGCUGUACAGCAAUAGACCUUGUAAAAGCCUGCCACACUAUUUUCAUAUGAAAAAAGUACUCAAAUAAAAAGUUCACAUCUCAA